ACUAAAGGGGUAGCUAUGGAGAUGGAGCGUUUUCCUGGCUGCUUUCUUUGACAGGUGUUGAGUGGGGCAAAAGUCUUAAAACAGAAUCCAGCAUGUACGCCAAAGGUAAAGGAGCUGUCGUCCCUUCCGAUAGCCAAGCGAGAGAAAAGUUAGCUUUAUAUGUGUAUGAGUAUUUGCUGCAUGUCGGCGCACAGAAAUCAGCACAGACCUUCCUGUCAGAGAUCCGAUGGGAGAAGAACAUCACACUUGGGGAACCUCCAGGAUUUUUACACUCAUGGUGGUGUGUAUUCUGGGAUCUGUACUGCGCUGCCCCGGACCGGAGGGAGACAUGCGAACAUUCCAGCGAGGCCAAGGCUUUCCAUGACUAUAGUGCAGCCGCUGCCCCCAGUCCUGUGAUGGGCAACAUGCCGCCCAAUGAUGGCAUGCCGGGAGGACCCAUGCCCCCGGGCUUCUUUCAAGGUCCUCCAGGAUCUCAGCCUUCCCCUCACACGCAGCCUCCCCCACACAACCCCAGUAAUCCCAUGAUGGGACCUCACGGACAGCCAUUCAUGUCUCCGCGGUACCCAGGUGGCCCAAGGCCCUCCCUCCGUAUGCCAAAUCAGCCUCCUGGGAGCAUCCCGGGGUCACAGCCUCUCCUGCCAAACAGCCUGGACCCCACCAGACCUCAAGGACAUCCAAACAUGGGAGGUCCAAUGAGAAUGAAUCCCCCCCGGGGCAUGGGAGGCAUGGGCCCACAGAACUACGGCGGAGGGAUGAGGCCUCCCCCAAAUUCCAUGGGGCCAGGGAUGCCGGGCAUGAACAUGGGUCCUGGUGGAAGAGGUCCCUGGCCAAAUCCCAACACCAACUCAAUAGCUUAUUCAUCUUCAUCUCCAGGCAACUAUGUGGGCCCUCCUGGGGGAGGCGGCCCACCAGGAACUCCCAUCAUGCCUAGCCCCGGAGAUUCAACAAACUCAAGUGAAAACAUCUACACAAUGAUGAACCCCAUCGGUCCUGGUGGAAAUAGACCCAGUUUCCCAAUGGGACCAGGUCCCGAUGGGCCAAUGGGUGGAAUGGGUGCUAUGGAGCAACAUCAUAUGAACGGAUCACUAGGCUCUGGUGACAUGGAUGGGUUGCCAAAGAAUUCUCCUAACAACAUGGCAGGCAUGAACAAUCCCCCCGGCACUCCGCGGGACGACGGCGAGAUGGCAGGCAACUUUUUAAACCCAUUCCAAAGUGAAAGUCCCCUGGGGAUGCCCCUGGAAAGCAGGACUCCCCUCAAGGGCCCCCAUCCCAACGCGUGUAAAAUGGGUGUAAGAACAUGAAACGGCCUCCAAGCAACAGGAAGGGUCUCCUCUCCGCUUCUUCUCGCCUGCAGGGCCUCGUCGUGGGGCCUAGGACAGUGAGAGCCCGAAACCUGCUCCAAGCCUGUCUCUCCUAAACCCAAAACCUGCCCUCAUGGGUGGCAUUCGAGCCCAAUCGAGCCCCCUCUGCAUCCACCACCACUCCAUUACAUCAUGCUGAUCAUAACUUACGAGGGCACGCAGUAGUUGACUGACGGGCUGAAAAAAAAAAACCCUCAUUCAAUAACUCUGCUCCACUGGCAGGGAUGAUAAAAAGAGAUGAACUGAUAAUGUUAUUUUAGGACAAGAAUGGUUUUCAUUAAAUGUUUGUAUUUUUGUUGAUGAUGAUAAUAUUAUUGUUAUAAUUUUCAUAAUUGAUAUUAUUCUACUUAUGUAGUUAUGAUUUCCUGUAAAGGGCACAUUUUAUCUCAGCAGCAGCAUCAACAAUGACAGAAUAAGCACACACUCGAAAAAUGCACAAUGAUUUUUCUGUUUACAUGAUUUUAGGUAUUUGAUGUUUGUUUUGUUUUUGUCACAGUCAGUCUCACUUCACAUACCUCUCCUUAAAACUGAGCUUGUAGCUUUGUCUUUGCUAUCUAAAUGUCUGUAGCACCAAUUACAUAAACUUUUAAAAGUUAAGAGUAACCGGAAUAAUCAACUCUUUUCACUGAAUGAAGUAGUUUGUGCUGAGGUGUUGUUAUCUGGGCUAAAACUAUCCAUACAGUUAAAAUGGAGCUUCUCUCAGAGCGUUGCUGUUUUCUGGUACAAAGUGUCUGCUGAUGCACCUGAAUAAUCGGACGUCUAGCUAUCUUGUCUUAAUAAGCACCCCUUCUCACAAUAUUCUGUGCUUUUACUGAGUGGGAAUGGCUGCGAUGAAAUCCUGAGAUGAUUGUCAGGACUUGUGGCUUUGAGUCUGCCAUUUCUCAUUCAGUAACAGACAGAGAGAGAGAGAGAGUAUUUGUGGAUCCUCUCAUCUCCUCCAUGGAUUUGGUCUUGUCUGUAAAUACAACAUAUUUAGCUUGUAUUGUGGUUGUUUUAUUAUUUGUUAUUUACAAGUGGUCUGUGAAUCCUAAAAUGUGGUUCCUUCCCCGUCAUCACUUUGUUUGAUUUCAACUUCACCAUGGACUCCGAGUGGCGCUGUUUUCCUCCCAGGGCUCACUCGUCUCUCGCCAGUGUCUCAUUUGGAGUGGGAGACAUUGUGGUACCUCUGAUACACUCAUGGAACUCGCUUUCUUGCUUUGAGUUUGGAUUGAACUCACAGAUCUUGUAUGAGCCACUUUCUUAACCCAGACAAGACGGGCUCAAUAACUUUCUCCUUGGAGCUCCCAUUGACCAGUUCCCUCAGCCAGUCCCAUAUAUACGGGAUAAUGGAUCCAGAGUAUUGGGCGGCUGCAGCAGCGCUCAUGAUGGGAACUGAGUGAUGCACCUUGGAGUUAACAGGCCCUGCAGCCACAUCGGUCUAAAGCGAGGAACAAUAAUAGGAUACUUUUGUAAUGGAUAUAUUUCCAUUUUUUGUGGAUUGUUUUCAGCAGAUUGUUUUUAUUUUAAAUGUGUUCAACAGGAAAAAAAUGAAAGCCCACAGAAUCUGCACACAAAGAAAAGCAUAGUUACAUAUUACGCUAUUUAAUUUCUUUCUUGUAUGUUAUGAACCCUCGGCUUGAUCAACUCUCUGUCACUGUUUCAAAGGGAUAAGUUAUUUUUUUCAUGGCAUCACACUGCAGCACUCACUUCAUGGCUGUGUUCAAACCAACAAUAACUUAACAACGAGUGUAGUUUCUAUGGGUAAUGGUGAUGUACUUAUCAAUUUUCUGAUAUCAAUGUGAACAGAUUGUACCCAGAGUUCAACGGGGACAUCUCCAGGAUUUGGCCUGAGAAUCAGUGGCCUGAGAAACACUCUCCAGUGUUCUUUCAAUGUAGUGACACACACCUCCCUUCUUUCCUCCAAUCCCAUCCCUCCCUCCCCCCUCCCAGCCCUCUCCCCUCCUCUUUAAGUUCCUUUUUUGUAAAUACUGUAUAAUGCAUUUUGAUAUCAUUGACAUGUUUUGAUAUGUCAGUCACUACCAAUGAAUACAGCUGAAAGUAAAUUAUAAAUAAAACUGUCCAUGUUUUUCAUAGAGAAAGGAUGCGCCAACUAUUUGGCUCACGUGGCUAAAUUUCCAUAAAAGUGUAUAGAAUACAGUAACACAAUAAAUGCAGGCUGUAUGCUAAAGACUUGUGUGGCGGGGAGGAUAGGACAGAGAGAGGACAGGACAGAGAGAAGCAAACGAGGAUAUUGAAAUAAUUUCUCUUGCAGCUGUGGCGUCCUCACUCUGCCCUUGUCUCCUUAUGUUUCAGUUAAAUGUUACUAUUGGCCUUCAAUAAUCAUUUGGAUAUUUUUUUCUAAAGGGCACCUUCUCACAAAAACAUGUGACCUCAUAUUGCAGUUUUUAAUAUGAAGGAUUUUUAUCAAUGUAAGAAAACUUUUAAAAAGGAAAAAAUACUUAAGAGAACCUCAUUUUAAAUUAAAAAUAGAUCAAAAAGUAAUACAUAUGGGGGAAAACUGUGUCCUUUGCUAUUCGCUCCUGUAAUAGCGGUGUAUAGAUUGAAGCUCUCUCACUGAUCCUCUCUCAGUCCUCUGUGUAUAUCGAUCGUUGGCCAUCUCUGUACUUCUAUUGUGAUGUAUAAUACUGUACCAUUAGGAAGAUUUGCUGGUCGGGCGGGGUGGUUAUGUUGAGUCUGGGAGGGGCGGGGAUUCAAGGGAAGGGGAUAUAAAUGAUUCUCCUGUACCGUUCAUGGUCCUUUCUGAUGACACGGCAGUAUUCAAUAUGAAGCAGUCUGUCUCUUGGGUUUGCUUUGUAUUUCAUGGUAGGAUAGUUCAGAAUCUUGUCUUAGGGACUUAGGUGUCUUGUGUAGGUAAUAAAGAUGUUCUUUGUAUGUUUCUUUAUAUUGUAAAGUUUCUUUAGACUGAAAGAAAAACAGAUAAUUUGCUUAUCAAAAAAGAAACAAUGCAUCAAUAAUAAAUGUCAUUUGAUUUUU